AUGUUUCACUCUUCCAUGUGGCCGUUGCUGGCUCUUUUGCACAGUCAAUCCAUUGCAGGGCGUUAUGUGUCAGAUUCAGAUCCACUGGAAGGCCCUGCGCGGGGCCGGGAGCUGGUGCAAGUGCGGCAGGAAGUCGAGAGAGCCACCCAGACUGCUCGAGCAGAGGUCUCGUUUAUUACAGCUAGCACCUGGUUCGACGUCGAGACCUCGAAGCAACCGCUCAGCUGGCAGCCCUUCCGCUACUUCCCAGCCCUGCCCUUGCGGCAACCCGUUGCGUCCUGUCCAAACAUUGGUCGUCAGUAUCCGGAACUCGUGUCAAGAAACCAGUCAAUUCUCAGCAGAUACGCCAGCAUUGUUUGCGACAACUCGCGCAACAGCAGCUUUUUGACCGAUCCAACUGUGCCCCUGACAGCUGAACUGGCUGACCUGCAGGGCGGCUGCAUCAACAUGAAUCGCUGGCCCUCGCGCAUGCUGGCAGCCAACCAAACGCACUCGGUGGAACUUGGCAGGACCUGUGGGGAGGCUUGCGACCAAGAUGGUUUGAAUUUGAUGCGUGUCAUGGUGGAUGAUGAUGUGCUGGUGAUUACCAGCACAGAGUUGCCUGCUGGGAUGGAAUAUCAACACAUGCUGAUGGAUUUCCUACCUCCCGCCUGGACUGUGGUCAAGAAGCUGAAGAAGGGCACAGCGAAGCUUCUGACCCACAUUCCGCUGCAGCGCGAGAUCAUGGAAUUUCUGGGAGUUCCCAAGGAGAACAUCUUGGAGCUUCCAUUUCCCAAGGAAAAUCGUUUCUUAUUGUGCACACAUCCCAGCAAGACCCUACACCUCUGGCGCACGGGGCGCAGUGAUGGGGAGCCUCUGCCCAUGAGAAAUGAAAUCGGUGGCUUCACAGAUUUUUGGCAUCGGCUUCUGGAUUUUCGUGUGGCGCCGGAAUUGUCGAAUGCCCUUGCAAAAAGUGCCAACUUAGAUCCAUGGCAGGCACUUGCAGCGCGACAAGUGACCUUUCUCCAUCGCUGCGUGGAGAGGCGACGGCUGGUGAAUGAAGAGCAAGCGCUAGCGGUGACCAGCAAGGCGCUUCUCACUGAAUGGUGGGAACCAUUGGGAACCGCAAAAAAAAUACAUGGUGAUUAUUUAUGGGAUGAGGCAGACUUGGUCUGA